CUUUUAAGUCAAGUCAAGUGCAUCCCGUCAGAGCAAAGUAGUAUACUGUGUCAUUUCAAAGUGCGUUCGUUGUGUCAAGAUUCUGUGAAGAAUUCGGAGACUUAAUAAGAAAACGAUCGCAGAAGGUCGCAUAACACUAAAAAGUUUCUCUAUCGUAGGAUUACCGCAAAGUGAUAGCUGACUUUUCAUGUAUUAAAUUAGAAGAAAUGCAAUACCGUAUACUUGCUGUUACCAUUUGGUCGAGUAUUAUUGGAAAUUUGGAGUUUUGUACUGCGAAUGACUCAGCUAAUAAAUACACCGGACACUUGGUAGAAAUUCAAGCGUAUCCGCAGAAACAAAUUAUAGACCCUUCACUUUCGAAAAAAUUAUAUUUGAAGAAUGGAACUUUUUACGAAAGUACAACUGAUAUAAUAACAUUCAAGCAAGAUGAAUUAUCAGAUCGAUUUUCUACCCUCGAUGAUAUCCACCUUCGUCAACCAACGGUAAAGAACAAUGAAACAAAUGAUACGAAUAUAGUGGAUCUCGCGGGUUCCGAAGAAUCCUACUUUUUUCAAGAUUCUGAUAACUUUGGACAAAAAAGUCUGUUCCGAUCUGUUCCGUUAUCGAAUGUCAAAUAUGACAUGUCUGUAUCUCACAGAAGACUCAAAGAUAUAAACGAUCAAUCUGGCUCGUCGGAUAUUUUACAAAGGAUUUUUACGAUGCCAUUUAGAGAUAGUACGAUAGGGAGUGGAAUAAAUGAAAGGACUUCUGAACAAAGUGAAUUAAACGAUGAGGAAAGAAUAUUCGAUCGUAUUGAUCACAUCGACGCAACGAUCAAAUCAGAGAAGAAUGAUUUCAUUAAAGAAUCUGAUAGUCUUUCGAUGGUAUCGUCGCCGUUUGGAAGACUUUCUGGUCCUAUAAUCGUACCGGAUUUUCCACAGUUAAAAGCUUCAAAUUCGCUGUUAAUAUCAGAAAAGACACCGAAUAAGAGCGAUAAUCCGGAAAUACAAGAUGUAAUUGGAUCGACUCUCGUUUUGAAUCCUCUUCGCGUUGGUGUAGCUCUUGUAAAUGCUAAAGAAAAUACUUUGAUCGAUGAUGAUAGCGAAAAUAAUCAAUCAAUUAAGUGCGUUGUCUCUUCUAGCACCGCACAAACUGAAGUGAAUACACUUGACGGAGAAAAUGCUACGAGCAAUAACGAAUCCACAAAGUCCUGUUCGAAUAUAAAUAUAAAUUACGAAUUUUCUAAGCAGUCGGAAUCGCCAAUUUUUGAGGAAGACUUGACGAAGAAGAAGAAAGCCGAUGAUACUGUCGAAAUUCAGAAAUCGAUUGAAAUUUAUCAUAAUGCUCCUGUUCAAGAAAUACAUUAUCCAGUGGAAUUAUCUCCGCCGAUUUCUCGUCACGUUGAUAAUAUAUUCCAAAAAACUAAAGUAAAUAACGCGAUCAAUUUGGAUAAUAUACAAAAAGAAUUUCGUAUUAGGGGAGAACAUCGGUCGGCUGAUCUUGAUGUUCAACCAGGAAAUUCAAACUUUUAUAUUAGUAAUUUCGACGAUAAUAUCGAAGAAAAAAUUUCGCGAACUCGUCAAUCGAUCGGUUUUCAAGAAAAACCAAAUAAUUUAGUCGUUGGUAACUCCGAUAGUGUUGCUAAGAAAAAUAUCAAUUUUCCAUAUAUUUCCAUGGGAUUAUAUCUGUCCAGCGACAAACGGGUAGAAGCUAAUCCGUUUCCAGCUCAACAGAGCACUAGCAGUAGUGGCAAUAAUAUUGGUAUACCAAUUUUGUUAUUGCCGGGCCAAUCUCAAGAUGCUAUAUCAUACGAACAAUAUACAGAUGCAGGAAAUAUCUUCAAUAGGAUAUCAACAACGGCAAGUGGAGGGAAUAAACAUCAAACAUUAAAUAGUUUUAAAUCAGAUAAAGAAGGUAGUGAUCAUCAUUACGUGGUAAAUAUGAACGAAGAAAGAUCGGACCCAUCUCAAUAUCAUCUUUUUCAAAAGAUCAUUCAGAAUAAUCCUCUUCCUGUGAUCGAGACCAGAUACGUUUUACCAGUCUCCUCGCCUUAUUCUGUAAUAGCGAAGAAAUCUUUCGAGAAACCUACUUAUGGCUUACAUUCUACUGAAUUAGGAAAUGUGGAUAACAAAGUAUUUUAUUCGAUUGAAAAAAUAAUGGAUAAACAAACGUCGUUACCACAACAACUUGCUCAAAUACCAAAUGAUAAACAGACGAUAGAAAAACAAACUCGUUUACCGAAUCCGUAUGCAUUUUAUGUUGAAAAAACAGAAGAAAAAAAAGUACCUCAAGUCAUUCAUAGAUUCAUCAUGCAACCUUACCCGAUUCAUAUAAAAUUUCCAUCUCUCUCGACUGAAAAACUCAUUUCGGAUCAUUCGGAGAAGAAGGUAGUAAAACAUAAUCGUAAAUCUUAUCCUAUUGAGGUCGGAAAAAAUUCAGAGAAUAUUAAAGUGCAUUCCGAAGAGAUCGAUAAACUUGUUCAACCAUCGCAAGUUCAUCGAUCGUUACAGAAAUUUUACGCUGAAGUUUCGUCGAUUCCUUUUCAUAGAAACUAUAUAAAUUCGUCUUCGAUUCACGAAAACGCACGUAAAAAGCCAAGCUUCUACUUUGGGGAAAGUACUACGGGAUAUAAUAAUAAAAAUGGUCAUUACAAUUACUUAGAACAAUCCUCGAAUUCUGUUCCUCCGAAAGAAAUUGCUUCCAUCGGAAAUUUGCGCUCUUAUAGAAGACGCGGUAGAAUUUUCGAAAAGGAUAGGACACCAAAAAACAAAUACAUGGAUUCGCGUCAAACGUCAUCGAGUUCUUUGCGAAUGCAAUUAAAAUCCUCACCGUCUUUCCUUGUUGAAACACAACAAUCAGUUGUACCAGGGAUUAUGAGAAAUGCUCGACAAUCCGAAGGGUAUCCCUUAGGAGAUAUUGGUAAUUUCAAACAAUCAAAAGUUGAAUAUGGUUUCAAACCGCCAAUGAUUCCUUCUACUCAAUACGAUGAGCAAACGGCAUCUAAAGUUGAUAAAUAAAUUUUUUAUACACCGUCAACAAGA